AGGGUUUGCUGAGAGGGAUCCGAUGGAUCAGUGGAAUUUGCGCACGGCCGCGGCUCACUUCGGCCACUUGACGCAACAGAGCGCGCAGAGUGGCUCGGCGCAAUACUCGUACACCUCGGGCGCUUACGCGGGGCAGCAGCAGCCACAGCAACAGCAGCAGCAGCAGCAAGCACCAUCGUCUGGCAGCGCUGCUUACAAUCAAGCGUACCUCCAGCAGGUAGCACAAGCCGGCUAUAACACUUCCUCCUACGGAGGCCAGCAAUUGUGGUCGACGAGACAAGCCCAAGGCCAGCAAGCGGACCAGCAAUCGCAAGCCGCCUAUGGAAGUCGCGUCGGAGGCGUCGCCCAAGUCCCCUCAAGCGGCACCGCGUCGGCAAAUCAGUACGCUGGUCAAUACUAUGGAGUGUCGCAGCAACAGCUUCUGGGAGUAGCUUCCAAGGCGUCGGACUACCAGGCCUCGGGAGGAGCGGCUUCCAGGACGUCAAGUGCUUACGGCAAUGGCGGUCAAGAUAGGCCUGUUAGUGGAACCUCUUAUGUUGGCGGCGGCGGAGGUGGCGGUGGCGGCGUCUCGUCAGUGAGCGUCUCGGGAGUCUAUGGCGGCGCCGCUGACUCCGCCAAGUAUCUCUCGGGUGGCGGCGGUGGCGGCGGUGGUGGUGGCGGAUAUGGGACGUCAGCAGGCAACCAGUACGGUGGCCAGAAAUCUUCGAGCGAUCAGUACGCUACGACCGCCGCGGCGUAUCAGGGCGUCAAGUCGUCCGACUAUGCGAGCCAGUUCUACGAGCAGUUCCAACAAGUUGCUCGAGCCGCGGCUGCCACUGGAGGAUAUGGAAGCAGCGGGACCGGUGAUGCGUCGGGUCUGCUCGCCAGCUUAGGUGGUGCUGUGGCGGCGAUGCCGGGAGGGAACUUAUCGGGCCAGCAAGCCAGUAGCGCGUAUGGUUCUCUGUCCGGGAGCCGAGGACUCAACACCCCGCAAGUAUACCCGGCCAGCCCGACUAUCGGCUAUGGAGGUGUGAGCUUACCACCCGGCAGAGACUAUGGAACUGGCAGAAUCUCGACAGGGGGCUCCAUGUUCCAACGUGAAGGAAGCUACGGUCGGUCCGAGAGGCCGAGCAUUGGGAGCAGUAGAUUCGACGAUCGGUCGCGGGACCAUGAGAGAGACGUGGAGCGCGAGCGGGAACGAGAAAGGGAACGAGAACGCGAUCGCGAGCGUGAAAGGGAGCAGCGGGAGCGAGAACGGAGGGAGAGGGAGCGGGAAAGGGAGCGGAGGGAGGAAGAGAGGCGAAGAGAACGAGCGAGUCCACCGCCUCCGCGAGCGAGGAGGGAGUCAUCGCCAUCGAGGAGGGACGACAAGAGUAGAAGAGAGUCUCCUCGUCGAGAGUCGGGUUCUCAUAGGCAUUCUUCUCCGUCCAAGGACAAGAGACGGGAGUACCUGUGUAGAAUCGACAGCAACAACGUGCUUGAAGCUGAGCGAGACUAUAACUCGAUCACUAAGCGCUACACGAGGCUGUCCGUCGUGCCAGAGUUUUCUAAGCUAGUUCUGUCUUGGAUGGGGAAGGAGGACAAGAUUCUCAUCGAGAGGCCUAUCAGCUUUGAGCACGAUUGUAUUGAUGUGGAAGAGGAGGCUGAGACGAAAGAAACCACGAAAUCUAGCGAUAAGAUUCAAAAAGGAUCCACCGUGUGGAAUGUGAAGGUGAUGCUCAUGAGUGGUUUAACAGAAGAAUAUGUCGCAGACCUCCUUUCGGACAAGCCUAGUGACAAGCCUACAAGCUUCCAAAAGAUGCUGAAGUUUGUGGCCUUGCGGAAAGAUCGAAAUGCGAUUAUGGCCGCUGGUACGCGGUGGGAUAAGUCUCUCGAUGGUGGCGAUCCAACUGUGGAUGAUAGCGGUCUAAUUAGAGCUGCCGUGAGAAGUUUGAAAGAACUGAUCCAGCUCGACUUGUCCGAGUGCAAAGAUUGGUUUCGCUUUGCUGAGGUACAUUAUGAAAGAGUGGACGAAGAUGGCUUUCCAAGUCACAGAGAGAUCAGUGUCAUUUUCUUCCCUGAUAUGUCCUCGUGCGUUCCAUCUUUUGAGAAUUGGUGCUUGCAAUGGAAUCAGAGAAAGCAGGCUAAGCUUGAGAGAGAAGGACAAAGCAAGAAGGAGGUCAAGCCGAGCGAAAAGAAAGACGCAGCUGAGAAAGAAAGCAUAAGCGAGGGGACCCCAGAGACAGACGUGAACAAUGGCGAGCCUGUUGCUGCUAAAGAGGAAGAAAAGAAAGAGAAGGAAGAGAAAAAGGAGAAAGAUCCGCCCAAAGAUAGCGAGGUUAAGAAGGAUGAAGCUCCAGAGCACCCAGGAUUCUUAUUGAUGACGAAGCGCACUAAAGCCAGCAAGUUACGUUCCAUGACAAUUUCUCUGGACGGGCUUCUUGACUACGACGAGAAUGACAAGGACGAAUGCACAUUUGAGCUGUCACUAUUCGCUGAGGCGUUUGCGGAGAUGAUCCAGUUUAGAAAAGGAAGCCAGAUUCUAGCCAGCUUGGAAAACUUGCGUAGGACUAGCCAUACUCGUAGAAAGGAAGAGAAGAAGCGUAGCCGGCAAACAGAAUCUGGAAACGACGCGAAACGGGUCAAGAUGGAGCAAACCGCAAAGGCUGCAGAAGAAACUCCCAAAACAGAGGAAGAGAAGCAACCCGUGGCCGACGCUAUGGAGGAAACUCUCAAACCGGAAAAGGAGAACGAAGACACUGAAAGCGAGGCAAGGGCCGUCACUCCUCCAACCUCUGAAGCCAAAGAAGCCAAGGAGACGAAAGAAGUAAAUGAAGGAGAACAAGACGAGAAGAAAGAGAAGAACGGCAGCGGUAAGAAGGACAAGGACAAGGAUCCCAGCAGCAAAAAGGAGAAGAAAGUGGUGGUGGACAAAGAGUUACUCAAGGCGUACAGAUACUUCGACCGGAACAAAGUUGGCUAUCUAAAGGCAGAGGAUCUUAGAAAGCUGCUACAUUCACUGGGGAAAUUCCUGUCGCAGAGAAACGUUAAGGACUUGGUGAAUGGAGCUGUGCUAGAAAGUGGUAAAGCAAGAGAUGAGAAAGUCAUGUACCGGAGCCUUACGGACAAAGAAGCGGUGGCUUCGUCUUAGGUGAUUCUGUUAUAGGGUGAUCGAUUGCAGAUUAUCCUUCCAGGAAAUCCCGAAACCCUAAACCCUAAACCCUCACACGGAUUAGGGCUUUCCUGUAGCAUAGAAGAAACGAUUGCUAUCCAAAAUA